UGAAAUUAAGUACAGAUUAAUUACGGAAUUGUGUGUGUGUGUGUGUGUGUGUGUGUGUGUGUGUGUGUGUGUGUGUGUGUGAGAGAGAGAGAGAGAGAGAGAGACAUUAUUCAUGUUGAGCACUCCUCGCGCUGAUUUCGUGAAAUUCCUAAAUUACUAAACUGAAUUACAGAAAAAGACCAGUGAAUUAAAACCCUGGCUGCAGACAGAAGGCGCGCGCACAGACUCACCUGCACAAGGAGUCAGGAGAAUCACCAUCAUCAUCAUCAUCACCAUCACCACCACCAUCAGCAUCACCAAUCCGCUUUUAAAAACUGGUUCUCCGAGUGAUUCACAUCCGGGUCAUGCCAGGUGAAGGCGCGCGCGCUGGCGGAGCGGAUCAGCCCAAAGCUCCGGCCGCUCACUUCGAGGAGGUUUUAUCCUCGUACCCUGUGGACGGAGCCGUCCCGAGCUCGAGCCCCGCGUACUUCAUCCCGUCUAACCCCAACCACGACAUCUCGAGCGCGAGCCCGGCUCACUUCCUGCCCUACCCGACCCGGAGCGGCCCAGGUGUGUCCAGGUGUGCAGCGUCGCUCCAUUACGGCUUCUCCUCUCCUUCCUCCUCCUCCUCCUCUUCCUCUUCCUCCUCAUCCUCGACAUCGCACGCGCCCUUCGGAGCCGGUUAUCCUCAGUUCCCGCACGGAUCCGCGAGCCUCUACACACCUGCAUACGACGGCGCAGAGGUGUGCGCGCGCGGGGAGCGGAGAGCUCAGGUGUACCUGUGUAACCGCGCGCUGUGGCUCAAAUUCCACCGACAUCAGACCGAGAUGAUCAUCACCAAGCAGGGCAGGAGGAUGUUCCCAUUCCUGAGUUUCAGUAUUUCAGGUCUGAGUGUUUCCUCUCACUAUAAUGUUUAUGUGGAGAUCACACUCGCUGAUCCCAAUCACUGGAGGUUUCAGGGAGGGAAAUGGGUGACGUGCGGGAAAGCUGAUAACAACCUGCAGGGGAAUAAGAUUUAUAUCCACCCCGAGUCUCCGAACACUGGAGCUCACUGGAUGAGGCAAGAAAUUUCAUUCGGCAAACUGAAACUGACCAACAAUAAAGGGGCAAACAACAGUAACACACAGAUGAUCGUCCUGCAGUCGCUGCAUAAAUAUCAGCCGCGGCUGCACAUCGCUGAGGUUCCUGCAGACGGUCUGGACACUGAAAGAGAGACGCGCAUGCAGACGUUUGUCUUCCCUGAAAGCCAGUUCAUCGCUGUUACUGCAUACCAGAACACUGAUAUCACACAGCUGAAGAUCGACCACAACCCCUUCGCCAAAGGAUUUAGAGACAACUAUGACUCGAUGUACACAGCUCCUGAGGGUGAAAGGUUAACUCCACCCCCUGCCGAAUCCCCUCGCACUCACCAGCUUGUCUCGAGUGCUCGUUACCCAAUGCAGCCAUUCUUGCAUGAUCAGUUUGUGAACGCUCUGCCCACGAGCCGUUUCUACAGCGCCGAGCGCUCACUGCCGCCUCCGGAGGAAUGUGCCACGUCCCAUCGCUGGCUCGUGACCCCGGUGCAGCAGCCAUACGAGUCUGAGUACCUCCCCUACACCCUGAGCUCUCGCGCUCUCACCUGCUACUCUGACUCUGCCUUUGCCUCCAUGGCUGCCGGGUGGGGGUCAAAGGUCAGCUACCAGAACAAGAUGCCUGCCAGUUUGCCCUGGUCACCCCGACCGACAAACAACGACAGCCAGGACAAAGUGCGUGAGGAUAACUGGGCAGAGCCCGUGGCGUACACUACAGUGUGUAAACGCAGACGUGUGUCACGUGAUGAGUCCAGCAAUGAAAACUCACCAACAAUCAAGUGUGAGGACUCGCAAUCAGACACCUAUGGAAAAGACGCUUCACCUGGCUCCAAGAGUGUGAGCUGCUGCGCCUUCUACACUGCCACCUAAACACACACACGCACACGCACAAACACACGCACAAACACGUACCAUGUCGCUGAGUAAACUGUGAAUUAACAGGCCAGGAUAUUUCAGUGCUUUGUGAUUGGACAUGUUCUGAUAUUAUCGCCGUGUUCCACUCAGUAGGUGCCCUAUGUAGGCAGCAUUAACACUCUCCCGAAGUAAACUCCAUCCCAGUGUGAGGUCAGCUGAGUCUCUUCGGUGACUUGCCCAUCGUGUCUGGUUGUUCAAAGCUCCAUAUACUAUACUUCAGCUGUUCAGCAAAUAUUCAUCUUCAUAAAGUCAGACAUAUUUUAAAUUCUGUUGAAAUAUUAAUGAUAGCUUUUGAGUCCCAAACAAUUUUUAAAAUGUCUCUAUGUGACAGGUAUAAUCUGAUGUUCUGUUGAUUUGCUCGUGUUUCUAGAUCGUGGUGUCACGUGCUCACUGCGUUUAGCUCCACAGAGUUAUUACUGCAUCUAGUGGUCAAACAAGGGAACUGCAACAAGUGCAGCUCAUAGACCCAUUGGGGCAGGACUCACGAUGCCCCAUGCCUCAGGGAGCAGCAGACAGGGCGAUUUAAAAUCCUCUACAUCUGCCAAGAGCUAGUUUGAUAACAAUUUCUCCCUAAUGUGUUCUUGGCCGGUUCCCAGCCACCACUCAGCUCCCCCUUUCAUACCUCCAGGAAGGGUGAAGGCUAACAACUGCUUCCUCCAAGACACAUGACACGUGAUGUGUGACAGUAUAACACGUUUGGACGAAAGCUCUAUCUGUCCCCUUUCACCUGCAUGAGCUCAAAGAUAUUCUGAUUGGCUAAUGUCACUGUGAUUGACAGGUAUGCCCCUCCCGCCCAGACACCACAACCAGUUUUGCUGGGAUUCAAACUCGAGAUCUGUGUGCAUCAGGGUGAAUACUUUUCUGUUCCAACAAUCAUGUGAAAUAGUUAUUUCUGCACACAAAGGCAGAUAAAAAGAAGAAAAAAAGUGUCUCUGUUUUUGCAAUCCCUAAUUCGUUUGGGCAGGUUUCAGGUCUUUCGUGUGGUUUGUGAGGAGUUGAGGUGGGAGUUUUGCUGAACCUGUAAACCUGGUUAAUGAUAUUAUUUCAAACACUGCUGAACAAAAGUGUAUCUAAAAGCACUGAGAUGUGAAACUGUACGCUGGAUGACUGGAUGAUGUUGACUCUCAACUGCCGAAAUAAUUAACUCGAUCGUCGCUGAUAGUAUAACUCACGUGGGCACGCCUCUCACGCCAUUCUAUUUGAAAUGAAGUCACAGACUUCCUGCUCAGGGAAGCAGAAGCUCUUGGGGAUUAUGAACUGGAGGUCUUUCAGAUAGAUUUUUUAUGAAACUGAAACUUUCCUCUCAGUGAACGCAGCAUUAGGGCUUGGUCCUGGAGCUCACACUCAGAUCUGUGUUUAUAGAGUAAAAGUCUCUCUGCAGUUAAAAUGAAUGACACUAACUGCAGGAAUUUCAGUGCUGGUGAAUGGAACACAGCUUACAUGUUUAUGUUUUAUCUUUGAAUAUAUGAUCACAUAAUUUAAAAGCUAUUACUUCAGAAAGUUGACAUGAAAUUUCAUAAAGAAUAGAAUUGUGAUGAAGCUGUUCAUUAAAGACACGUGGACCACAAGAUUACAAUUUCCUUCUCAACAGGAGAGAUGUUUACCUGCCGCGUGGUGAACCUUGUCCUGUACACAGUGUCGGUGUAUGCGGAUAAUCGCGGUGUAUCGUGUAAACGAUAGUCACAACAAGCUUAACUGUAAUUUAAUACCUGAUGCAUCAAAGCACUCAGAUUUUAAACGUGUCAUUUUUACGAGGGAACUCUGACGUAUGCACGCUGCAGCGUCCUGGCUCCAGUUUACCCACAAUGCAUCAGUGUUAAAGCUGGUCUCGAUGUAACAGAGGCUGUGAAGUGACUGACUCUGUGGUGGUGUCAAUCUGUUGUGUUUAAUCUGUUUAAUUGUGUAAGUAAAGUUUCUCAUGCAUUCUCA